AUGCCGUUGUCAGAAACGAUACGAUUCGUGGGCUCCACACUUUCAUGGACAUUACGAGCAGGAUGUUUAGCGCACAUUAUACAUGAAAACGUUUACGAAUUUACAGAGACUAGAGGCGAAUCCAUGCUUCCCACUGUACAAAACCAACAUGAUUACGUUCACGCAUUUAAGCAGUAUAAAUUGGGAAGGGGGUUAGAGAUGGGCGAUUGCGUAGUUGCAGUGAAACCUAGCGAUCCAACACAUCGAAUAUGUAAACGGAUUACAGGUAUGCCUGGUGAUAUUGUUUUGGUUGACCCUUCUUCAUCUUCUGAAAUGACAAACUCUCCAGCAGAAGUGAUUUCACAUGACGGAUUCAACAAGUAUAUACAGAUACCACAAGGGCAUGUUUGGUGCACGGGGGAUAAUUUGUGUCACUCUUUGGAUUCGAGGUCCUAUGGGGUAUUGCCUAUGGGAUUGAUAACGGGGAAAAUUGUUGCGGCUAACUCAUUGGGUAAUGGCUUAAGAGGGUUUUUCAAUUUCCGAUGGAUCACAAACACUUUUCAGGACGAGAAUUGA